UGGCAGCGCGGGGUUUGGGCGGGAAAGAUGGAGGGCUGCGGACUGCCAGAUCGUGGCGCGUGGCACUUCUUGACCAAGUAGUUGCCUUUCUGGGAGAUAUUCAGCUUUUAAUUGUUUAAUUACUAGUUAGCGAUCCUAUAACUACUACCCGGUUCUGCAGAGAGUACGUAUUUCAUCUGAGACAGCGCGAGAGAUUAGGUUUUCGAUUCUCCUAACCCCAAGUCAGCACAAAAUAAUUUUAAAUGGCGCAAAAGGCAGAAGCCGCCACGAUGGUGAAGGCCACCAAGAAGAAAGCGCUCAGCGCUGUCUACGUCAACCGCUUCGGCAAACACUCAUCGGGCGCCGUGCUCAGGUUUGGGGACCGGGCUGUAGAGGAGAGGAAUCCGCUGGCGUCGAAAAGGCCAAGUGCGAGUUCUGGCGGAGAAACAGAGAGAACAGGGCUGAGAGUUGGCAAUCGCACAAAGAAGAGCUCCUUCAUCUCUCCCAAACUUACAAUUCAAAAGUCUCCACCAGCACAGGUGGACACCAGAAAAUUGCUUCAAAACAACGAAAAUGCUGAUGUCUUUAAAUUUCCCUUACCUGUGAAAAGUGUUGCUGAAAAACAGAAGCCUGACAUGCCUGCCAAGAAACAUGAGGUUUUUAGAGUAAUAUCCAAAAUGCUCAAUGAGAAUCAAAAACUCAGAAGACGAUUUCUGAGCAAUGGUCACAAAAAUACUAAAGUUACAGAAGAGGAAGAAAUAUCAGCGAAAGAGAAUGGAUCUACUGGAACGUUCGAUGCAACUCUUUUUGGAUGGGUGUAGGAUUUUAAGAAUCCUCAAAGAUCGCUUCAAGCUGUUAGACUCGGGAUAUAAAUUUUAGGAUUAUUUGUUAAAGUUACAAUUGUCAUAUUUUGCAUACAAUUCAUUUGAUUAUUAUUGUGUAAUAUUUAUAUUUGCAGUUAAUUUAUUAUAAAUCCUUGAAAUGGAUUUGAAUUGAAGAAUUGUAUUUACAGUUAAUAUUUGAGAGUUCUGAUUUGAAUCAAAAAAUUUACAAUUAUAUAUUGAAUCCAGUGAGUUCAAUUUCUUAAUUUUAUUUUGAAAGAUGUAAUGCGCCUUGGGACGUCCUCCCGACGUGAAAGGCGCUCUAUAAAUGGAAUCUUGUUGUUGUUGUUGUAAUGCAUAUCAAUGUAAUUGAAGUCACUAUAUUUCUCACUGUCAAUAAAAAAUACUU